AUGCAUCCUUCUACUUUCAGCACAAUCUUAUCAAUUACUGAAACCGAUGCGCAGUUGGUCCAUUUAAACUAUAAUUCUUUCAAUAACAACAGGGCAGGCCGCAAUUCACUGAACAAUGGUAACCCAAUAGGGAGAUUAAAUGGUGGUGGUGGAAGAAGAAAUCGACCUAACCAAUCAACGCAAACUCCGCUUCGUCAAGGAUUACAAGUACUUCAAACUGUUGUUAGAGGUUUAUUUCGAGGGCCUGGUAGAGGCUUCCCAUAUUAUUCUCCAUAUGGUUAUUAUUAUUAUUAUCCGCACUACAUUUACCCUCGUUAUUACUACCAUUAUUAUGGAUAA